GUUUUGGUUAUAAACAAACAAAUCGUCAAAGAAAUAAUAUGAAAUUACCACCACAGGACUUUAACAAUUAUGACGAUGAACCGUCUAUGAAUUUUAGUCAACUAAAUAGAAAACGACCACGAGAGUCACAUAGUCCGAAGUUCAAUAAAGCAAAAAAAUUAAAACAAGAUGAUAAUAAUACAGUUAAUUCAAAUUCUUCAAAUUUUCAUGUGUUAGAAAGUGAACUUUUAAAUCAUUAUUCUACAGCAAAACAACUUGAUUCUACCUAUACAUUAAAAUGGAAACUUUGCCAAGAUCUUUUUGCAAUGUUUAUUGGAAUUGUUCCAAAUUUAGGUGUUUAUUUAGUUGGAUCAAGUGCAAAUGGAUUUGCUACUGAAGAUACUGAUGCCGAUAUAUGUAUUGUUAUUUCAUCUUAUCCUAUUGAUCAAAAACGUGAAGCAGUUAAAUUUCUUGAAAUAGUUCGACGUGCAUUACGAAAAAAAAUAUUUGCUGGUUCAUGUGAUUUAAUACGUGCUCGUGUACCUAUUCUACGAUUUACUGAUUAUGCCACUCGAUUAAGAUGUGAUGUAAACAUUAAUAACUCAACUGGUAUUCGAAAUACAGAUCUAUUACGUUUUUAUUCAGAAACAGAUGAACGAGUGGCUCCACUUGGUAUUGCAAAACCAUCAGUUGUACCUGUUUGGCAAGCGCUUUUACCAAAUCGUUUUGAUGUUAAUAUACCUGUUUCCCGAUUAAAACGAACUGAUGAACCAAAAUUAAUUUGGAGC